CCUAAUGGACACCUAACCUGACCUAACUCACAUUUGCAUCCACGUUUCACGUCAUUGAGGUGUCAUCUAUUUGUUUUUAAUUGCGUCAAACAACAGGUUUUCAAUAAAAUUCUACAUUAAUCUGUGCAGAGGAUGUGUGUGUGAAAGGGUGGUGAAUUGGUGAUCGCCAUGUUUGCCUGAUCAGCCACGUCCUAACUUCAUGGCUGUCGAAUCUUGUUUAAAACUGUGUUAGUAGAUAUUUUCAAAUCGAAUCCAACAUUUCUGGGAAAGCAAACAGAUCUACAGACACCUCAAAAUGCCACUGCGACUAGAUAUCAAGCGUAAAUUGACCGCAAGAUCAGACAGAGUGAAAAGUGUAGACCUUCACCCAACAGAACCAUGGAUGCUGUGCUCUUUGUAUCAGGGCAAUGUAAAUAUUUGGAACCACGAGACACAAACUUUGGCAAAGACUUUCGAAGUCUGCGACUUGCCAGUCAGGGCUGCAAAGUUCGUUUCAAGAAAAAAUUGGGUCGUCACGGGUUCAGAUGAUAUGCAAAUUCGAGUCUUUAAUUAUAAUACGUUAGAACGAGUUCAUACCUUCGAUGCACACAGUGAUUAUGUCCGAUGCAUUGCCGUUCAUCCUACACAACCUUUUAUACUCACCAGCAGUGAUGAUAUGUCAAUCAAGCUCUGGAAUUGGGAAAAAUCGUGGCUCUGUCAGCAAAUUUUUGAAGGACACACACACUACGUGAUGCAAAUUGUAUUUAAUCCAAAAGACAACAACACCUUUGCGAGCGCCUCUCUCGACAGGACAGUCAAGGUAUGGCAGUUGGGAUCCUCGACUGCCAACUUUACACUCGAGGGACACGAGAAAGGUGUCAAUUGUGUAGAUUAUUAUCACGGCGGUGACAAGCCCUACUUGAUAUCCGGCGCAGACGACAAGUACGUGAAAAUAUGGGACUAUCAGAACAAAACUUGCGUCCAGACUUUAGAGGGUCACACGCAGAAUAUCUCGGCAGUUUGCUUCCAUCCGGAACUGCCGAUCGUCCUGACAGGCUCGGAAGAUGGCACCGUGCGAAUUUGGCACGCAGGCACUUACAGACUCGAGUCAUCCUUGAAUUAUGGCUUCGAGCGAGUCUGGACAAUUGCCUGUUUGCGCGGAUCCAACAAUGUGGCCAUUGGCUACGACGAAGGAAGUGUUAUGGUCAAAGUUGGCAGAGAAGAGCCAGCAGUCUCGAUGGAUUCUCUGGGUGGUAAAAUAGUUUGGGCGAGGCACAGUGAAGUUCAGCAGGUGAAUUUGAAGGCGCUCGGGGAAGAGGUGAUGGAUGGAGAACGAUUGCCACUUGCCGUGAAAGACAUGGGGGCUUGUGAGAUUUAUCCGCAAACUAUUCAGCACAAUCCUAAUGGUAGAUUUCUGGUUGUUUGUGGAGACGGGGAAUAUAUUAUUUAUACGUCCAUGGCGCUGAGAAACAAGGCUUUUGGGCAAGCUUCCGAGUUUGUUUGGGCCGGUGAUUCCAGUCAGUAUGCAGUCAGGGAAAGCACGACGACAGUCAAAGUAUUCAAAAAUUUCAAGGAGAGGAAGAGUUUCAAGCCCGACUUCGGGGCAGAUGGAAUCUUUGGUGGUUUCAUGCUCGGAGUAUCGUCUGGAUCAGGACUCUCUUUUUAUGAUUGGGAGAGUUUGAAACUAGUGAGACGCAUAGAUAUUCAACCAACUCAUGUCUAUUGGGCUGAAAAUGCUUCCCUCGUAGCUCUCGCAACAACCGACCAGUACUUCAUUCUUAAAUAUCACGGCGAUGCCGUUGCUAAUGCCGCCGAAAAUGCAGAAGAUAUAGAAGAUGCUUUCGAGAUGGUUGCCGAGAUGAAUGAAGUUGUGAAAACUGGUUUAUGGGUUGGAGAUUGCUUUAUAUACACCAAUAGUGUAAAUAGGGUGAACUAUUUUGUGGGUGGAGAAGUUGUAAUUGUAUCGCACCUCGAUAGACCAAUGUACUUGCUUGGUUACGUUCCAAGAGACAACAGAUUGUAUCUCUGCGACAAGGAAUUAUCUAUUGUUUCAUACUCACUUUUACUUUCCGUCCUGGAAUAUCAGACAGCCGUGAUGAGAAAAGACUUUGAAACCGCUGACAGAGUACUGCCAACAGUCCCGAAGGAGCAUCGGACUAGAGUUGCGCACUUUUUGGAGAAGCAGGGCUUUAAAGAGCAAGCUCUCGCAGUAUCGACAGAUCCUGAACACAGGUUCGAAUUAGCUCUUGCAUUGGGCGAUCUCGAAACAGCACACACCCUUGCCAAGGAGGCCAAUAGUCAACAAAAAUGGAGACAAUUAGCGACCCUUGCCACCCAGAAAGGCAAAUUGCGUCUGGCACAAGAAUGCUUGCAUCAGGCACAAGAUUUUGGAGGGCUGCUCCUUCUAGCAACUAGUACCGGGAAUGCGAGUAUGAUCGAAAAAUUAGGCAAUGCUGCCAACGAAACGGGCAAAAACAAUAUUUCCUUUUUGUCGAAAUUUCUUCUUGGCAAUGUGGACGACUGUUUAGAUAUUUUAAUUAAGACAGACAGAAUUCCUGAGGCAGCUUUCUUCGCCAGGGCAUACGCACCAAGUCAAAUUUCGGCGGUUGUCAAGAUUUGGAAGGAAAAACUUUCAGCAGUAAGCGAGAAAGCUGGACAGAGCUUGGCAGAUCCUGAACAGUAUGAAAAUCUCUUUCCUGGCUACCGAGAAUCUCUGAAAGUUGAGCAGUUUCUGAAGGAGAAAAGCAAAAAGCAGAUUCCAGCCUCGGCUUUUCCUACCAUUAAACCUAACGUCGAGCGGAAUCCAUAUGAAGAAAUGCUUGCAUCCGGGAACUACAAAGACGAUGUUCUGAAGACAGAAUCUGCAAAUUUGGUAGAUUUCUCAGAACCGCAGAGUGUGUCUGAUCCCGCAGAAUUAACAAACAGAUUGACGAAUCUAAGUAUUAAUAAAUCAACGACAGAGUCUGUGCCGCAACAUCAGCCUCUUUCCGAAAAGAGCGGGAAGCCCUCGAGUACCUCAAGGCCUCUCACCCUAGACGAUGAUGAUUUAGACUUGGAUCUUGAACUAGAUGAUAACAUUGACACUAGUGAUGUAAAUCUAGAUGACGAUCUUCUGGAUGACUAGUGAAAUAAUAAUGCUGUCGAUUCGUCCUGUCCGCAUACAGAUUUCGUUUUCUGAUAGCCCGGCGGAAUUCAUUCCCUGUAAUAAUAUUAUUAACGGACUUGAAAAGUAUUACAAAAAAUUGUAAACUUAUACGCGCAUCGUCUGCUCGUAUUCCACAUUUUCAUAAGUUAAUUGUAUGAUUACUAUUGUAUAAUCUUUAUAAAGAGGAACCGCAAAAAUGGAACUACAAAUUAAAUAUAUUGUUAAUAUAAUUGAGAAAA